GCCCACAUCACGCCACCACCCCGACCCAACCCAAACUUCUUUUCCACGCCGCCGCCGCCGCCGCCGCCGCCCCACGCCCGAUGCCACCCGCCGCCGCCGGCUGCCACCGCUGCCGGCGGCUUCCUCCCCACCGCCGUUGACCUCCCCCCACGCCCUCGCCAUGCCCCGCCUCCCCCUCCUCCCCUCCCGCUCCCCCCGCCGCCGCCCCCUCCUCCUCGCCAUUCUCUCGAACACCUUCUCCGCGUCCACCCGCGCCCCUCCCCCGCCUCUCCCCCCGCUCUCCCCGCUUCUCCCGCGCCGAGCCGACGCCGCCACCGCCCUCACCCCCGUCGCCUCCGCCAUCGCCGACUCCUUCCGCGACUGGUUCCUCCUGUCCCGCCGCGGGGCCGCGGGGGCCGCCGCGCCGCCCGCGGCGCUCGACGCGAUCUACAGCGCCGUCGCGGCCGAGGAGGCCGCGGCGCUCGACGCGCUCCCGCUCUCCGAGCAGCUCGUGCUGGCCGUGCUCCGCCACCGCCCGCGCCACCUCCCCGACGACGACGCGCUGCUGCUGCUCCGCCUCAGGUUCUUCGACUGGUCGGGGAGCCGCGGGCGGUACUCCCACACGCGCGCCGUGUACCACUCCGUCUUCCGCCUCCUCUCCCGCUCCCGCCGCUCCGCCGUGGUGGUGGACUGGCUCCGCCUCUUCUCCAACGCCAACGCGACCCCCGCCAGGUCGCGCUUCCACGACACGCUCGUCGUCGGCUACGCCGUCGCCGGCGAUCCCCAGCGCGGGCUCAGCAUCCUCGGUCGCAUGCGAUUCCGCGGCCUCGACCUCGACGCCUUCUCCUCCCACAUCCUCCUCAAUUCCCUCGUCGAGGCGUCGCUCCAUGAGUAUGCUGAUUCCUUCGCUCGCCACCUUGCUGCAAGUCCUGUGGCGACCUGCAUUCGCAUCAAGAGCCUCUGCCGCCAAGCCCGCAGCAGAGAUGCCGUGGCUCUCCUGGACACCCUCCCUUUCGACCAAGCAUCCAGUGCCCCUGCAGCUGGCUCGAUCAUCACAGACUUGUGCCGCCGUGGGCGCUUUGAUGAUGCAGCUCAGAUUGUUGACAGGUUCCCCUCCGCUGAUGUGUAUGGCUCAUGGAUUCAUGGCCUCGUCGAGGCCGGGAGACUCGACACUACGUUGCAGUUCCUUUCUGAGAAGAAAGAAGCCGAGGGGUAUAUUCCUGAUGGACCUCGGUAUGACAAGCUUACGUAUCGCUUGCUUCGCAGUAACAGGCUCGGUGAGGUGUAUGACUUGCUUGUGGAAAUGAUGGAGGAGGGCAUUGCUCCAGGCCGUUCAACCAUGAAUGCCGCGCUUUGCUUCUUUUGCAAGGCUGGGCUCGUGGAAGUUGCGGCACACUUGUAUCGGUCAAGGAUGGAGCUUGGGGUUAACCCUAACAAGGAUGUGUACAACAAUUUGAUCAGGGCUCUUUGUCGGGUUGGGGACACAGAAGAGGCGUGCCUGGUGUUGGAGCAGGCUAUGGCAGAAGGGUACUUCCCUGGGCGACAGACAUUUACCAUGUUUGCAAAUGUGUUGUGUCAGGAGGGGAAGCUAGAUAGGGUGCGAGUGCUCCUUGACAGAGCACUCAAGCAGGAGGCAUGCCCAACGGACAGUGUCUUGGCCAAGUACCUUGUGGCAUUGUGCAAGAGUGGGGAUGUGGAGGCAGCAUGUGCAGUGCCUCAGAUGGCAGGCAGCAAAAGUCCUAAGGGCUUAUAUCGCUACGAAUCAACUUACAAGAGCUUGAUUCGGGCAUUGAUAUUGAUCAGGAGGGUGGAUGUACUGCCAAGGCUCUUACUGGAAAUGCAAGACAUGGGGCACAUCCCGAGCCGAAGCCUCUAUCAGUCGGUUGUUUGUGCUUUGUGUGAGGUGAGCAGGUAUGCUGAGGUUCUGGAGCUGCUGAACAACCAGCUGCAACGGACUGACCUACACCCCCGUGUAUGCUACAACUACUUCAUCGCUGGGGCUGGGCAUGCUAAGAAGGCUGACAUGGCCAGGGAGGUAUAUAACCAAAUGGAGUAUUCUGGGCUUGAACCAUCAGGAGACAGCAAUGUCCUUCUUCUUAUGAGUUAUCUGAGGAGUAAGCGUAUUGGCGAUGCACUAAACUUCUUCAACUUCAUUCGUGACAAGAAGACACCUGGCACCAAGCUGUACAAUGUAUUCAUAUCUGGUCUAUGUGAAGCUCAGAAGCCAGAGCAGGCAAUGGUGUUCUGGAGGGAAGCGAGGGAGAAGGGUUUAGUCCCAAGCAUCAGCUGCUAUGAACAGCUUGUGCUCCUGUUGUGCUCUGUGAAAGAUUAUGACAAUGUCGUAAAGGUUAUUGAUGACUUCAAAGAAACAGGUCGCCCUGUUUCGGCUUUCUUGUGUAACGUGCUUCUGUUGCACACAUUGAGGGGCAGUGACCUUCUGAAGGCUUGGAAACGUUCAGAGCAGGCAACAGUGAAACCAGAAGAGAUCCAGGGUAAGGGGGUAGGACGGUUCUUGAUUGGCGAACUUAUUAUGAUGUUUGCAGGUGGUAUUAGGAACAUGAAUGACUUAGAGGAUUUAGAAGAGGACCUAGAAAAACAUUUUCCAGUUGAUGUUUACACUUAUAACAUGCUGCUGCGAGGGUUGAGCAUGGUGGGGAGGAUGGACUCUGCCUGUAACUUGUUUGAGAGGCUGUGCCGCAAGGGGUAUGAACCGAAUCGGUGGACUUUUGAUAUAAUGGUACAUGGCUUCUGCAAGAAUAGUGACAGGGAUGAGGCCGAGAGAUGGAUGGAAGCAAUGCACCGAAAUGGGUUCUAUCCCACAUGGUACACUAUGAGGAUAUAUAACAAUUUAGCGUUGCGAUCAACUGAUCAUAAAGUCAUCUCAUUUGUAUAAGUAAUCAUCUCUCUGCCACCGCUUUCAUGCCUUGGUCUGCUGUGAUCCUAUGACUUCACUGGAACAGGCCUAAUUUUUGAACAUCAGAUCUGUACCUGUGGAAGUUUAUUCCUAAAUUUAACAUCACUAUCCUCUGAACCACAUCUCACCUGGCCCAACACAGUUCCAAGAUGCGUCUAGGAUAUCAGUUGACAUGUAAUCUAGUUUUACACAAUUUUGCGAUCACAUGAUAUUUUUGUGCCCAGAAUUUUGAGGUUUUAGCUAUCCGAUCAUUCGGUAUUGUUUCAUUUGGUUGUUUAACAACCAUUAGGGCCCCACUGUAAUCAGUAAGUUAUAUCAAGCAAUGGUCAUUCUUUUUCAUCUGGAAUUUAAGCACUAGAAAAUAGAAGUUGAAUAAAUGCAGAUUGUACAAGUUCUGUAUCAGGUAAGAUGUGUGAUAUGCUACUUGGCAACAACCUGUAAGUUAUAUCAAGCAAUGGUCAUUCUUUUUCAUGACCACCGGCUUUUCCAGCUUUUGGAAGUGGAACCUGCGAGUUCUUAGUUCUUUACAUGCUAACUGUAACGAAAUUGCUUUUGCCAUCAAGAUAGUAUUUUCUGAAUUGCUUUUGGCAGUUCAGUAUU